AUGGCCGACAAAGAGGCGACGGUCUUCGUGGUGGACGUAGCGAGGUCGAUGGGCGUGCGGAGUUCAGGUAGAGAAGACAGUGACCUUGACUGGUCCCUGAGGUACAUCUGGGACAAGAUCAGCACCAUCGUGGGCACCGGAAGGAAGACUUUACUGGCCGGCGUCGUCGGAAUGGGCACAGACAAGACCAACGUUGGCGACGACAUGAAAGAUGACGAAUCAUACCAGCACAUUUCCAUUCUUCAGCCAAUAUCUCAAAUACUGCUACCAGAUCUGCAGCGCCUACCGCGGAUCUUGAAACCUUCGAACACAGACAACAGAGACAUUCUCUCUGGCAUUAUCGUCGGACUGGAUGCUAUCAUGAAGCACUGCAAGCAAUUGAAGUACAAGAAGAAAUUAAUUGUUGUCACCAACGGUCUUGGCGCGAUGGACGAUGAUGAUGUCGAAGAUACGGCGGAGCAGUUGAAGAAGAACGACGUUGAGUUGCUCCUGCUCGGUAUCGACUUUGACGACCCUGAGUAUGGCUUCAAGGAAGAGGACAAGUCCCCAGAAAAGGCACAGAACGAACGCACGCUGAGAAAGCUCUGUGAUCUAUGCGGUGGUCGAUAUGCUACCAUGCAGGAGGCGAUCGAGGGCCUGGCUAUUCCAGAAGUCAAGCAGACUCGUCCGACACCGACAUAUAAAGGCUACCUACGACUAGGAGACAACGAGAACUACGAUACGGCUGUGACCAUCGACGUUGAACGAUACUUCAGGGUCUCGGUACGGAAAGCGCCCACAGCGAGCUCCUUUGCGAUCAAGGCUCAAGCAGACGGCGAUGAUGGCCUUGCAGACGUCGCCCACAAAUACAAUUACUUCGUCAAGGACGCCACCCGCGGAGACGGUCAGAAGAAUGUUGAGCGAGAAGACCUGGCCAAAGGCUACGAGUACGGCAGGACAGCGGUUCAUAUCUCCGAGUCAGACGAGAACAUCACCAAACUAGAGACAUUCCAGUCAUACGAUAUCAUGGCCUUCAUCCCAGCCGAGAAACUCGAGCGGUAUAUGAUCAUGGACAACACUAACAUGCUCGUCGCCCCACGCGGCAACGACAAAGCCGCGCUGGCCCUCUCAUCCUUCAUCCGCGCUUUGUACGAGCUAGGCUCCCUCGCCGUCGCGCGUUUCGUCAAGAAAGACGGCGCCGAACCAGCACUAACCCUCCUCUCACCUCACAUCGAGCCCGACUUCGAGUGCAUCAUCGAAAACAUCCUCCCCUUCGCCGAAGACGCCCGCAAAUAUCGCUUCCCACCUCUGGACAGAGUGUUCAAGGUCUCCGGAGAGGUAGUGAAAGAGCACUACCGCCUCCCCAAAGACGACCUCCUAGACGCCAUGUCCGACUUCGUCGACAGCAUGUCCCUAUACCAACCAGGCGAAGCCGCCGAUGGCUCCGACGACAUUGAACACCUCCCCAUCGAGGACACAUACUCCCCGGUCCUGCACACCAUAGAAGGUGCAAUCAAAUACCGCGCCGUACACCCAGAUCUUCCUCUCCCACCGAAACCAGAACUCUUCGCCUCCUACUCUUCCCAACCAGCCCACCUCCAAUCCGCCGCCAAACCCGCGCUGGACCACCUGAUCAAAGUCGCCAACGUGAAGAAGAUCCCGCCCAAGCAACGCGGUCGCCGCAGCAAGCGCGAGUCCGCGAAACCCAUCGGUGAUCUCGACGUCGACGCCCUCUUCAAUACCACAAACGGUCACUCCAGCAAGAAGACGAUCUCAGCAGACAACGCUAUCCCCGAGUACAAGCGUGCCAUGGACCGCGCUGAGACAGAAGACCAACAUCGCGAUCUCACGCAACAGAUGUUCUCGCUCGUGGAGCACCUCGUGAAGAAGAGUUUUGGCGACAGCAAUUAUGCGAGGGCGGUCGAAAUGCUUGGUGUGGUGAGGGAAGAGCUGUAUGAGAACGAGCGGGCGGGGAUGUGGAGGGAGUUCUUGACGGGAUUCAGGGAUAAAGUGAAGGGAGGGAAGCUGGGAGGAGAUAGGGAGGAGUUUUGGUGGGCGGUACGCAAGGCCAAGCUAGGUCUGAUCAUGAAGGAUGAAGGAAGGAGGAGAGGUGAGGAAGAUGAGGAGGUCAGGGACGGGGCUGAGCAAGGGGAAGCGGAUGCUUUCUGGAGUGGGAGAACCUGA